CUGCGUGCCCGCCCAGACCAGGCUGCCCAGAUGCGGGCGCCACUUUGCCUGCUGCUGCUCGUCACCCACACCGUGGACAUGCUCGCCCUGAAUCGAAGGAAAAAGCAAGUGAGCACUGGCCUGGGAGGCAACUGCACAGGCUGUGUCACCUGCUCAGAGGAGAACGGCUGCUCCACCUGCCAGCAGAGGCUCUUCCUGUUUAUUCGCCGGGAAGGUAUCCGCCAGUACGGCAAGUGUGUGCACGACUGUCCCUCUGGCUACUUCGGCAUUCGUGGCCAGGAGAUCAACAGGUGCAAAAAAUGUGGGGCCACUUGCGAGAGCUGCUUCAGCCAGGACUUCUGCAUCCGGUGCAAGAGGCGGUUUUACUUGUAUAAGGGGAAGUGUCUGCCCACCUGCCCGCUGGGCACCUUGGCCCACCAGAACACACAGGAGUGCCAGGAGGAGUGUGAACAGAGCCCCUGGGGCAGCUGGAGCCCCUGCACACACAACGGGAAGAUGUGUGGUUCAGCCUGGGGCAUGGAGACCCGGGUCCGAGAGGCCAGUCAGACAGGGCGGGAGGAGGCAGCCACCUGCCAGGUGCUGUCUGAGUCAAGGAAAUGUCCCAUCCAGAGGCGCUGCCAUGGAGAGAGAAGCCCCAGCCAGAAGAAGGGCCGGAAGGACCGGCGCCCGCGCAAGGACAGGAAGCUGGACCGCAGGCCGCAGGCCCAGCCCCGGCCGGCCGGCCGGCAGCCCUGACUGUGCCUGCCCUCUGCCCCUUCUUCCUCUGCCUCGUCCUCUGCUCUCUCUCCCUCCCUCUUUUUUCUGGCACUCUACCUUUUCUUUCUUCUGCUUUAUUUCCUUUAUUCCUUCCAUCUCUAUUUUGCUCUUUCCUUCCUCCCUCCCUUCCAUCCUCUUCUUUUUUUCUUUCCUUUUAUUUGUCUCUUUCCCUUUGCCCCUGUGUUUCUUUCUACCCUUCAUGUCCGCCACCAACACCCCCACACUCACUAAGGCAGAGACCACGAGCCAGGUCCUCCCUGCAGCUCUCUCUGUCUACUCCUUAAGAAAGCAAACGUCUUUUCUGGGCCUUUCCCUUAGCCUGUUCUAGGGUGAGGCCACAGCACAGCAGAGCUCUUUGAGUCUUCAGCGCUCUGCUUCUGCUCCAGAGGGGACCCCAGAACCCAGGCUGCAAGUGCCUCAUCCUCUGGCCAAUCCCUGGAGGCCACAUCCACAGCCCUCAGCCACCAGCUCCCCCAAGAGCCCACCAGAAGAGGUUCCAAGGCCCCCCACGGCCUAGCUCAGACAGCUGUCCAUAGUAGGCCGUAGAGGAGCCAUGACAGGUCUUUUGGCUGGACUGCCAGCCCUGUGCCUGUGGCUCCAUCCUCCUGAAACUGCCUGCUGCACCCUCAUCCACAUUCCCCACCAGCCUGCCUCUCAUGGUUUCUCCCCGAAGCUAACAGAUUCCCUAGGCCUUUGGGGACCCCAGGGGUCAGGUGGUGCUGUCACCCCCGGGGAAACCACCAGCCCAACCCAGAAGAGGCCAUCAAAGCUGAUAGGAGUGCUGAGAUUAUCCAGCCACUCUGUUCCCCACCCCAGCACCUCUUGCCUAUUGUUCCUAUAGAGAAACUGAGGCCUGAGAAGGAAGAGACUUGCCUGUGGUCACACAGGGAACCCUCACUUUCUGCCUCUGCCUGAUGGUUGGCCACUCAGCACAUCCACUGCUAACAGACUCUGGGAGCCUCCUGGGGAGAGGAUGAAGGAAAUUGUUGGAACAGGAGCAAGGGAUGAGCCCCCCACUCACUCGCAUCCACCUCCGAUACCCUGAGCAUUUGUAUUUCACUGUGAUCCCCUUCCCCCAGGCAGGAAGAACACUUGGCAGACUCCCCAGCUUGGACUGAGCUUAGAAGCAAGUUUGUUCUCACUGCCAUCAUAAUACCCUCUUCCUCCUUUGUUCUCCAGAACCCCCAGGAUGGGGCAUGCCCGAUUUGUACAUGCCACUACCUGCUGGCCUGAACUCAUGAGAUUUCAUUGGCCAGGAGCAGCAGUGGGCACCAGAAGCGAGUAUCUGAGCCCUAAGGGGCCCUAGGGUUGUCUGGGAGGGAAGACGGUUAGGAGGCUAGGGAGAGAAGCUCUAGGUGACCAAAUGUCACAUACCUAAUCCCAGGAGAAUGCCACCCUCACACCUGCCCUCACCUAACAGAUGGGGAUCCCCGGCACUGCUUCUACUGGCCACUGGGAGGCCUGGCCCCCAAGGCCCACCCUCACUCUCACUUCUUCCCUCCCAGUUCCCUGAGGACACUAGAGCCACUCCAAGUGUGGCCAGGCCACCAGUUUCCCUUCUGCAAAAGUUUGUGCCUCUGAAAUGCUCUGUUGUUUCAAGAAUCCAAC